AUGGAGGCCACAAAGAUGCGGGCCGUCUUCAAACGAUUACCGUUCUCACAUUGUGCACUCUCGUUUCUUCCAUUCGAGGAUCCCGUUUGUACGCCCGAUGGAAUCAUAUUCGAUUUAACGCAUAUUGUACCAUAUUUGAAGAAGUAUGGGCAGAACCCAGUCACUGGUAAAAAGUUGUUGUCAAAAGAGCUGAUUCCGUUGAAAUUCGACAAGGAUGAGCAAGGUAACUUCCGAUGCCCAGUAACUUUCAAAACGUUCACGCCGAACAGUCAUAUUGUGACGAUUCGUCAGACUGGUAAUGUCUACGCGAUGGAAGCAGUUCAAGAGUUGAAUCUGAAAGCCGGAUAUCUGAAAGAUUUGCUUACCGAUCAGCCAUUCCAACGAAAGGAUAUUAUCACACUGCAGGUGGUGUACGUCAGGAAUCCAUUAAUAGAGGAAUGUUCAGGAUCCGAACAAUUUGGAGAAAUUCAAUAUGGAGAGNAGAGUUUCCACCAUGUGAAGUUGGAUCUGAAAACGAAGUCAGAAAUUGAAGCAGAAAAGAAAGCAAUGAAAGACCCGAAAUUCUACAUACGGAGUAUGAAUAAUGAAACGAAAGAAACACUGGAGAAGCUUCAGAAAGAAUAUACUCCAAUUGAGAAGAAAGAGGAGAAACCUGAGGUGUUGGCUGAUGAGUUGAGUGCGGCACAUUACAGUCAAGGAAGAGUGGCUGCAGGCUUCACGUCAACAACACUUGAUCCGGUUACACAACAUAAAGCGGCCGUGUUGGAUGUAGAAACUGUGCGGGUUACGGAAAUGCAAGGCGGUGAUCCGACUGGUACUGGCAAAGGCGGUGAAUCCAUAUGGGGUAAGCCGUUCAAGGAUGAAAUCAAUCAUGCGUUAAGUCAUGAUCAACGAGGUAUUUUGUCGAUGGCGAAUCGUGGAACCGAUACAAAUCAAUCGCAGUUUUUCAUGACAUUCCGGGCGUGUAAAUAUUUGGAUGGUAAACACACAAUUUUUGGUCGUGUGGUCGGAGGUACGGAUACGUUAACCGCAAUCGAGAGGUUAGAAACUGAGCCGACGACUGAUCGACCCAUUAUGGAUGUGAUAUUUAUGGCUGCUGAAGUGUUCGUGGAUCCCUUCGAAGAGGCCGAAGCGGCAGUGCAAAAAGAACGAGAGGAGAUUCGCCUGAAAAAAUUGAAGAAAGAUAGAAGUGGUGAGAAGAAAGCAUUCAGUUUUUUUUUAUUGAAAGUUGCAGAAGCCGUAUCAGCGCCAGUGAAUGCUACACAUUUGCCGAAGCAAAAAGUCUACGGUUCCGGGGUCGGAAAGUAUUUGAACCUGGAAGAAUUCAUACCAACGGUGGCGCAAAAACGGACCAAGGAUACAAGUGAUACUGGUCAGGAGGAAGCGGUGUUCGGUACUGCAGCAGCACAGGUGAAAAAGAAGAAGAAGGCAGUUCGAUCGGAAUUGAAAGAUUUCAGUAAAUGGUGA